CGGCAGCCCCGACAGCGACCCGCUCUCAUGGGAUGGCAGUGACCUCGCCGCGCUGUUCCCGUCGCUGAGUCCUGCGGAGCCCCCUCUGCCAGUGCCAUUGCAAUUGCCAUGCCUCCCCAGGAGCUCCUGGAUUACGCGCCCGCCCUGCGGAGACACAGCCCGCCCCGGGGCAGCGGCCCGGAGCUGGGCAUCAAGUGCGUGCUGGUGGGCGAUGGCGCCGUGGGCAAGACCAGCCUGGUGGUCAGCUACACCACCAACGGGUACCCCGACGAGUAUCAGCCCACCGCCCUUGACACCUUCUCCGUGCAGGUCCUUGUGGAUGGAGCCCCUGUCCGGAUUCAGCUGUGGGACACUGCUGGACAGGAGGACUUUGACUGUUUGCGUUCUCUUUGUUAUCCUGACACCGACGUCUUCCUUGUCUGCUUCAGUGUGGUAAACCCAAGCUCCUUCCAAAAUAUUACUGAGAAGUGGAUCCCUGAGAUACGAACUCACAACCCCCGGGCACCAGUGCUGCUAGUGGGGACACAGGCAGACUUGCGGGACGAUGUCAAUGUCCUCAUCAGCCUGGAUCGCUACCAUGUGAAGCCUGUGCCCCGGCCUCAGGCAGAAGGUCUAGCUGACAAAAUCCGGGCUGAAGCCUACCUGGAAUGCUCAGCACUGACUCAAAAGAACCUCAAAGAAGUUUUUGACAUGGCCAUUGUCAGUGGUGUUGAGCACAAAGCACGGCAGGAAAAGAAGAUGACCGCCAAAGGCAUCAAGACUCUCUCCAAGUGCCGCUGGAAGAAGUUCUUUUGCUUUGUCUGAAGCUGCUUUAAAGGAAGGGGAAAG